AUGACUUCGAUCAUCAAAGUUCACGUUUUCUCGGGCGCCCGAGACGAAGGUCCCCUCUGCUACUUGCUUCAGGUUCUUUUUUCUGAUGGACUAGAAUUUGAGAAAUAAAAAAAUGAGUUUCAGGUCGAUGGAGAUCACAUAUUGCUGGACUGCGGAUGGGACGAGAGAUUCGAUCCUACUUAUUUGGAACAGUUGAGGCCGAUUGUGCCAAAGGUAAAAAGUCGAAUAAAAUUGUGAAAUUACGAAGAAAAUGGGUAAUUCUUCCAUAUAAAUUUCUAAUAUUUUUCAUUUUUUUGAAGUUUGAAAAGUUUAAGCUUAUCGUUUUUCAAAAAAAUUAAAUUUUUUUCAAGCUUUCAUGUUUUUUCGAGGAUGAAUUUCAUGAAAAUUGCGUUUUUUCUAAAAAAAAUUUGUCAACUUUUUUUCUGGAAACUCACUAAAUUCAUUUAAUAGUAGACAAACUUUUCUGUGGAGAUUUUGAAUUUUACUUCGGAUAAUCAUAUUUUUGAUGUAAUUAAAAAUUGUGAAACUAUUGAAAUUUCACAAAUUUUUGAAAUUAAUUUCAAAGUCAAAAUAAGUUCUCCUAACUCAACUUAAACCCAAUGGCGCAAAACAAAUCUGUAUAGGGUGUUCCCCGACGUUUUUGAUAUGCGUUUAAUGCCCAGUAAUGAAUGCCUUCAAAUGAGAAGAGUUGAUUUAAAAAUACUUGAAAAUCUUGAGGAAAAAAAUAAAUGACUCCAAAAAGUUUUUUUCUGUAUCAAUUUAUUCUAAAAAGUUCAUUUUUUUCUUCAACUUCAAGCUGUCUUCUCUGAAACUGCUAGAACGGAAAAACAAACAAAAAAACUGAAUCAAUAUUUUGAAACCAUCUUCCUUUUUAAAAGUCAAAGGAAUUCAGUUCAAAAAUGCCGUGUUCAAAGUGAUUCCGCGAAAUUCAAAAUGGCCGUCAGAAAAAAAGACAUAUGACUGAAUUUUGGAGAGUCAGAGAUAAUUUUUCGAAAAUCACUUAGAAGCUUCGAAAAAAUAAGGAAUUUUUCAAAAACUUUAGGUUUUCUGACCUGGAAAGUGCUAAAAAUUCAAAAUUUUCUUUUUCAGCUCAGCGCAGUCCUUCUCUCACAUCCAGACGUCCUUCACCUCGGCGCCUUACCGUAUCUCGUUGCCAAAUGCGGACUAACCGCUCCUGUCUAUGCUACCGUAACCCGAUAAUCGAAAAAUAACAGUUAAAAUGGUUUUUCUCAAGGUCCCCGUGUUCAAAAUGGGACAAAUGUUCCUUUACGAUCUGGUGAACAGUCACUUGGAUGUGGAGGAAUUCGAACAUUUUUCGUUGGACGACGUCGACGCGGCUUUCGAGAAGGUCGAGCAGGUCAAGUACAACCAGACGGUCAGUUAUGGGAAUAGGAAAAAAAAAUCUAUUUGAGUAAUGAAAACCCGACUUGGGAAUGCCAGAGUGGUCCCUAGAGGGGUUAGGGAGAAGAACAACCCCUAUAGGGACAAAAUAGGGCUCCCAGAAGGGACCUCAGAAGCGUUUGAGGUCUGACCCAUAAAUCCCUAAAACUUGAGUGGUCCCUGGAGGGGUUAGAGAGAAGAGCCCCUAUAGGAACAAAAUAAGGCUUCCUGGACCUUAUAGGAGUUUGAGGGGGGACCCCUACGCCCCUAAAACUUGAAACUCCUAUAGGGUCAUCCAAUUUUUCUUCCCUAGAGUUGCCACUUCGCAAGCUAUAGUGUCCCCUAUAGGGGGGACAUGUGAUGAAGCUCACGGCUGGCUUGAGACGCCGAAAACGGGUCCUGACACGAUGAAAAAUGAGAUAGUGCCUGGUUGGUAGAGAGCGCAGACGCCCCACUGAAAGCUAGCCGUGAAUCACCCAAUCUGAGUCUCAUGUUUUCCCAUACCGUAGAGGACAAGUCGUUUUUGGUCGGGUGCAUUUCAGAGCAAUCAUACUGCGGUCUUUCUAUGUCCUAGUGGAUUAUUCAAAAAAAAAAAACUUAAUGAAAUUAUAAUAAUUUAGGUGAUGCUCAAAGGCGACUCGGGCAUCAAUUUCAGCGCUCUUCCUGCAGGUAUCAGAGAUUUUAUAAUAUUUUCCCCAAGGCUUGAAACGCCGGUGUUCUGCAAAAAAGCGUGCGAAACUUUUUUGAGCGCUGAUUCAGAUUCAUCUGGAACAUUUUUUAUUUUUCUAGUUUUUUCUUAAUUUUUAAAUUGCCGCCAAAAACGCAUCGCGUGUUCUUCAACAAUUUUUUUUUCGAAAAUGUCACUCCACCGUUUCAAAUGUACACGGGCUGACCCACUGUCCCGGCCUCCCAAUUUCAAUCGUACAAACCCAUUUCAAAUUGCGGUUUCCGACCUUUUUCCAACUUUGUUCAUUAUAAAUAAUCAGGAUAUAAUCUUAUUGAUAUCAGGGCGUUUGAAAAAGAAAAAAAGUGAUCUGAAGCUUAAUUUUUUUAGUUUCAUGACAUUCCUUACAUCGAGAUGAUAACAACCCGCCUUAUCUUCGAAAUUCCAGAAUCCAAAAAAGGCGUCGUGCGAUUUAAUGACUUCAAUUGGUUUCAAUUUUUUCAAUAUUUUAUCGCAAGAGGUUCAAAAAAAAACUUGAUGAAAAUAGGUAAUCUAGAUAUUCGGUUUGUCCUGUUAGAAAGUUUGGUAGUUUGUUAUGUCAUACAAUAAAGAAAUAGCUUAUUGAUCAAAAAAGUAAUUUCGAAUCGCCAAGACGUCUCAUUUUACUUGAUCUACUUUUUGAACGUGCGUAAUAUGGGUUUCAAGUCUAGCUUUCCGAACUUCAAAAACAAUAAUCUCAGAAAAGGAAGGUUGGACCGAGUAUGGUCUCUAUCUGAACCUUCAAAAAAAUGUUCGAGCGAAUUUUCGAAACGUCAAAGUAAAAUGUGUAUUUCCUCCCCAGCUUCUAGUCAAAAAAAAAGGAGCUAGCUGAAGGAAUUCCCAUAAUUCUUGUGUACAGGACACAUGAUCGGCGGAGCGAUGUGGCGAAUCUGCCGAGUGACCGGAGAAGACAUCGUCUACUGCGUCGACUUCAACCACAAGAAGGAGCGGCAUCUCAACGGAUGCUCCUUCGACAGUUAAUAUCUUAUCUCAUUUUCAUGUUUCAACUAAAAGUUAUAGCGUCUUUUCUUCUUGAAUUCUCCAAUCAUGAAGGACUGGUAAAGUGAAUAUGAAUGAAAAAACGUCAUUUUCCAUUUUCUAUUUUCCAAUUUUUUUUUCUUGAAGCCGCGAAAUUCAAAAUAAAAAGAAGAAAUUUGAUUUUCUUUCAGAAAAAGUAGGCUUUUUUUAAAUAUACCUGGUGAUUUUUGAUAACUUAUGAUUGAAGCCAAACUGUUUCAGAUCCAUUCACGUAAUGAUAAACCCCUUGAGUACCAAUUGAAUUUAAAAAAUGUAAGUUUUAUCGAUUCAUAGCAAUGCUGUGCUUCAAGAACAUAAGUUUUGUAGCUAUUCGUUAUUAGAAAAAUUUUUUACAAAAGCAUAAUUUGAAAGACAAAAUAACACUGAAGAAAAAUCCGAAAGAAAAAUGUUUUCGUUUCAAUAAGACCACAAAACUCAAAACGCAAAAUAAGUUAUGUAAACUGACUUUCAGAUGUAAAAAAACAACUUCUUUAUAUCCGAAAGGGUUGACUAUCACGUGAAUUGAUCUGAGACAAAGUUUGGCUUCAAUCAGUAACUGGACUCGCCUAGACGUUUCUAAGACAUUCUAGAGGUCACUUGAGGGUGUAAACGCCACUAAAUCGGUCACUAGAAAUGCUCAGAUACCUUCGUGGCAGGAAUCUUUUAAGGGGAUAGAAUUUCUAGGAUCACUGAAGUAUGCUGACGCCGCUAAAGGGGUCACUAGAGAGGCUCAUAAACGUUCGGGGCGCUUUAGGGAUCGCUUAAGGGGAAAAAAUUUUUAAUGAUCCCUUAAGUGUUCUGACGCCGCUAAAGCGGUCACUAGAAAAGUUCAGAAACUUCUAGACGAUUUAGGGAUCACUUAAGGGUGUAUGCAUUUCAGUGAUUCCUUUAACACCACUAAAAUAGUCAUUAGGAACUCUCUGAAACUUCUGGGCACUUUAGGGAUCAUUUAAAAGUGCUGACGCUGCUACAGUGGUCACUAGGUAUGCUCGGAAACGUCCAGGGCGCUUCAGGGAUCACUCAAGGGGUUAGAAACUUUCAGUGACGUUUUAAGGAUGGUGAGGCCGCUGAAGCGAUCAAUAGAAUGGCUCAGAUACCUCCGUAGCGCUUUAGGAAUUACUUAAUGGUUAGAUAUGCUAGAUUUCUCAUUUCGCCUAAACCCCCAACACUUAAGGGUUUUGACAUCGCUAAAGAGAUCACUAGAAAUGCUCAGACACGUCUAGGGCGCUUUAGAGAUCAUUUAAGAGGAUAAUUAUUUUAGUACCCCUUUAAGGGUGCUUACACCGUUAAAAAAGGUCGUUAUAAAUGCUCAGAAGCGUCCGGUUCCCGUUACCAAGAUCCGAGCUCUAGAAAAUGAGUUUCCAGGCGUCCAUCGGCCCCAUUUGCUGAUCACCGGAGCCCAUCACAUUUCCCUGCCCCAAAUGAGGCGAAAAGACCGAGAUGAGCAACUUGUUACCAAGAUUUUGAGGUUCAUGAACUUUAAAAAAUAAAAUGAAAUGAGUUUUCAGAACGGUCCGGCAGAAGGGCGAUUGCAUGGUGGUGAUCGACACGGCGGGAAGAGUCCUCGAAUUGGCCCAUUUAUUGGAUCAGUUGUGGUCCAAGUCGGUUUUCAAAUUCUUACAGGAGGGAAAGAAAAAAAGAAGCUCUUUUUUUGAUAGUUUUCAUGAAAAAUCAACUUCUUUUUGAGAUUUCAGAGCAAAAUCAGCCCUUUUUUGGGGGAAGAAACGCUUUUUUUUUUAGUUUAAAAAGAUUCUGCGAAAUUUUUAGUGGCCACUAUAGGGUUUCGACGUUUUAGGGGCCACUAUAGCAGUCAAAUUAGUGGCCACUUGAGGGGUUAAAGAUUAGUGGCCAUUAUAGAAGUCUAAGUGCUACUCCUAGACCACAAAAAAAAUUUAGUGGCCACUUUAGGGGUCAAUGGAUCAACAUAACUGGUCCAAUCUGUUUGUUUUAAAAUUAUUAGACUUACUGGAAGGAAUACCGGAUUAAAAACUACUGAGGUGGCCACUAAAACGGAAAAUAGUGGCUCCUUUAGUGUCCUCUCCAAGUAAUCUUUGGCAAGCCUCUAUAGUAGCCACUAAAAGUUCACCCAGCAGCCUCUUUUUUUUUUCGAAAUUUUGAGAAAAACCCUUUUCGUGAACUCGGAAAAACUCUAAAAUUCAGUACGGAAGCUGGCCUUUCCUCUUACAACCUCGUGAUGAUGUCCCACGUCGCCUCAUCCGUCGUCCAGUUCGCCAAGUCGCAGUUGGAAUGGAUGAACGAUAAAUUGUUCAAGUCUGAGAAAUGGUUCUCCAAAAACAUUCGGCCCGGACUUCAGAUUCGAUUCGGGCCGAUACAAUCCAUUCACUCUGAAACACGUCAAUUUGUGCCAUUCCCACUUGGAAUUGAUGCGGGUUCGGUCCCCGAAGGUACGGUUUUUGGGAGGUUGUUCUCAUUUUCAGGCAUAAAAGCUAAGAAAUUAGAAAAAGCUGCACAAAAUUCUGAGAGUUCCAGCUUGUGCGCUCCAUGGACAAAAUAAUAAAAAAAAUGAAUCUAGUCUCAGACCUUCGUAACGCGAACGGGACGCGAAUCGGGGCAUUUCUAGUGACCACUUUAGUAGCCUCAGAACUUUUAAGGGAUCCCUAGAAUCGCCCAGAAACGUCCGGAGCACGUCCGUUUCGCGUUACCAAUGUCCGAGGAAUCGUCAAAGUAGUCCCUAGAGGGGUUAGGGCGGAAAAGUAUCUGUAGGGGACAGAAUAGUGCUCCCUAUAGGCGCCUAGGGUCUCUCCCAUAAACCUUCAAAGCUCAAGUGGUCCCUACAGGGUUUUUUAAAUUUUUUUAGGGUAAAUUAGUCCACAAAUUUUAUUUUUCGAUUCUGAUGAAACUUCAUCCAGUGUGAUAAUUCAUCAUCAGAAGUGCAGAUACAUCUUUUUGAGCCAUUUCCUCCUACUGUAGCCGGGUUACGGUAGGCAGGUGGGCACCUGCGUAUCUAAGUAUUAGAGAGUUUUUACUAGGCAUGAUAUAUAUCAAUCGAUAGGUAAUCAAAUUUUAGAAACUUUUGUAGUACCUACCAUCUUGGGUUACUGUAGAAAUUUUUGAGUUACGGUACUUUUUUUGUGUUUGAAAAGUCGGUAUUUUGGUCACCCUCGACGUCGACAUAGAAAAAUUCAAAGAGAACCUCUUGAAGGCCAAUUUUAUUAGAAAAAGGCUAUAAGAACUUGUAAAUUUCAGCGAAAAUUUAAGAAAAAGCUCAAACUAACCGUAUUUUUUUAAGUAUAUGGGUCUUAGAAAAUCCAUGGUUCCUUAGGUAUCUUCAAAUCUGGGUUCUGUCAAUUUUUUUGAAAAAAAGUUCUUGUGGAGGUCAAAAAAUUUCGUGGGGUUUCCGAAGUUAUUUUUUUAUUAUUUUUUUACCAAUCUCGACUUUUUUUCUUUUUUUACCGAUUUUUCUCCUUCUUAAUCUCAAAUUUUCCUCUAAGCAUUUUUAAAUAUUUUUCUUAAUUUUUAGGUCUUUUUAAUCAAUUUUUUGUUUUUGUGCGUUUUUUCUCGACAUAUUCUCAUUUUCCAGGUUGUCCUGUGCAGCAAUUUGGACAUGGAAUCUGGAUUUUCACGAGAAUUGUUCUUGGACUGGUGCAGUGAUGCGAGGAACGGAGUUAUUAUCACAGGUUUUGGUUGGAAAGAUGGAAGAAUCGGAUAGAUUAGAUUACUGCAACUGGAGGAAUUUAUAAAAAAAUUCGAUGUCCAUAAUUUUGUUUUUCAGCCGAUUCCAUGAUUUACUAAAAAUAGAUUCAAAAAAACCAUUUUUUUCCACGGUUUUUUUAGGGCGUUGAUGGCUAUUUUUUUCAAAUAUAGUUUUUUUGACAUUUUAAACGGCUUUAUGAUAAAUAUUUCUUCAUAAUAUGACCAUUUUUCGAAGUCUGAUUUUUCCUUUUUCCCCUCAAAUUUUUUUAUUUUUUUGCCAAAAAUGCUCUCUCAAAUGUCAUUAAGCAAUAUCAGCUAAAAAUGGACCUAAAAUUUUCUAAAAAAAUUGAAAAAAAUCUCCUCUUUUUGACCGCCAUUAUUUUUAUUUUUUUCAAAGCAAUCACAAGAGAAAACAUUUUGGAGAUGUAGAAAAAACUGAACUGCAAAAGUUCGUACCUUUCAAAAAAUGAACCGACCGAUUUUUUCAGCAUUCAGCUCACUCAAAAAAAAGGAUAGAACUUUGUUUCUUUUUUUUUCUGUGAACGUUUGAAAAAGUUUUUUUUUCCGAUCUAGGCUUUUGUUCAAAAUUCUUCUCAAUAAUUCGAAAAAUAACGAAAUUUGUUCCAGCUCGACCAUCUUCCUUCACAUUGGGCGCCAAGUUGGUCAACUUGUCGGAAAGAGCGACGGAUGGAAGAUUGGUAAGAAGCCAAAAAAAUUAGAUUAUUUGAAGUCUGGGGUAUUAAAAAAACUCCAGUAUAGUUAAGUUUAGAAUAUCAUGGAAAAGGAAAAAAAUGUUUUUCAUAGAAAAAUUUUUAGAGGGUUUUUGAACUCAGAUUCAUUUUUUUAUUCAUUAGUUUUGAGAAUAUUUCAGUUAAGCAGAAGCUUUUUGAAGUUGGUUAUUAAAAUAGAAAUUAAAAAUUUUUUUCGAGGUUAAAUUUGUAACUUUUUUUGAAUGAAUUUCGAAAUUCUGUGCAGUUUUACGCCGUUCAAAGCCGUAGGAAAUCGAAAAAAAUCGAAAAAUAAAUGUUCAAAAAUGUUCUAAUCUCAAUUUUUUCAAGCAAAAGGGAUGUGUACAAACAUUUUUUUGAGAAUGGAUUUUUUUCUAAUAUUAGGAAAAAAAUCAAGUCUUCAAAGAAAAAAAUUUGGAAGGCACACUGAUUUUUUUGAGCGCAAAUUUCAUCAUUAUCGAAUAGUUUUGAGAAAAAAAUUUUUGCGCCGUGUAAUUUUUCUUAAGUUGGAUGUCAGAGUAGAAAUUGAAGUUUUUUUCGAGAUCAAAUUUGUAAAAAUUUUUUUGAAUAAAUUCCGAAAUUCUGGGCAAUUUGAUGACGUUCAAAGUCGUAGAAAAUCGAAAAAAUCGGGAAAAAGUAUUUAAUAAACUCAAAAAUUUGAACCUCAACUUUUCAAGCAACAGGGAUGUGUACUAAAAUUUUUAAAGGAGAUGAAAAAUUAUUCAUUUGAAGAAUACCCAAGACCGUUUCAUGGAAUUGCAAGUGAAAAAGCGCGUCCCCCUGGAAGGAGAUGAACUCAGCGAAUUCCGAAGAAGAAAGGCAGAAAGAGACGCCGAGGAUUCUAGGAUACGGUAUGGGAAUGCUACGGUUACAGUAUUCUAAAAAGAAGUCUUAAGAUUGGAAAGAGUGCGAAGAAACGCGCAGGUGGAGGAAGAUUCUUCGGACGAAAGCGACGACGACUUGGCGCCGGUCAUCCCGGCCUCCAUUGUCAGGAAUCCCAGUGAAAGUCCGUUUUCUUCCAAAUUUUAA